ACGGGCCAACACCACGACGGCGACGACGCGCAACACAUCCGCGACGCCCUCGCUUGUCACUGCGUCUACUCCUAGCUAGGGUUUUGUGCGACAGCUUAGGUUAAGGAGGAUGAUGGCGGGCAAAAGGAAGGAGCGGGAACAGCAAGAGGCUGGCGCGGCCGGUGGCGGCAAGAAGCCCAAUGCCAUGCUCGGGCGCAGCUGCGUCCACGAGGUGGCGGUGCCCACAGGCUUUAUAGCGCAGCUGGAUGAGGCGGUGCACGGUAGCAUUGGAGAGCCGGUGUUUAUGGGCGACAGGGCCAAGAGCUACCCGUUCGAGCUGGACCCGUUCCAGCAAAUCUCCAUCGCCUGCCUGGAGCGUAAAGAGUCGCUGCUGGUGUCGGCCCACACCUCGGCCGGUAAGACCGCGGUUGCCGAGUAUGCCAUCGCCAUGGCCUUCAGGGACAAGCAGCGCGUCAUAUACACGUCGCCCCUCAAGGCCCUGAGCAACCAAAAGUACCGGGAGCUCAGCCACGAGUUCAGCGACGUCGGCCUCAUGACGGGCGACGUGAGCUUGUCCCCCAACGCAACCUGCAUUGUCAUGACCACGGAGAUCUUGCGCGGUAUGCUCUACAGGGGCUCCGAGGUGCUCAGGGAGGUGGCGUGGGUUGUGUUUGACGAGAUACACUACAUGCGGGACAGGGAGCGCGGCGUCGUGUGGGAGGAGAGCAUCAUCCUCCUGCCACCCGCCAUCAAGAUGGUCUUCCUCUCCGCCACCAUGUCCAACGCCACCGAGUUUGCGCAGUGGAUCUGCCACCUGCACAAGCAGCCGUGCCAUGUUGUCUACACCGACUUCAGGCCCACUCCGCUUCAACAUUAUGCUUUCGCCAUGGGCGGCUCCGGCCUCUACCUCAUGGUGGACGACAAGGGCCACUUUCGGGACGACAACUUCGCCAAGCUGCAGCAGUCAUCCAGAAACGCUGGCCCGGACGAUUCCCUCGCGCCCCCGGGGCGGAGGCGAGGAGGGGGAGGCAGGAGAGGUGGAGGACGAGGGGGUGCCAAGGCCUCUGCUGGAGUAUCCACGGACAUUUACAAGAUAGUCAAGAUGAUUAUGGAGCGUUCCAUGCAGCCCGUCAUUGUCUUCAGCUUCAGCCGCAGGGAGUGCGAGCAGUAUGCGCUCUCGGUAUCCAAGCUUGAUUUCAACAGCGACCAAGAGAAGAUGGACGUGGAACACGUGUUUUCCAACGCCAUACAGUGCCUCAGCGAGGAAGACCGGAGCCUCCCGCCCAUCCAUCAACUAUUACCGCUUCUCAAGCGUGGGGUUGCCUUCCAUCACUCGGGCCUACUCCCCAUCUUGAAAGAAAUAGUUGAGAUCCUUUUCCAGGAGGGCCUUGUCAAGGCCUUGUUUGCUACAGAAACGUUUGCAAUGGGAUUGAAUAUGCCUGCUAAGACUGUCGUCUUUACUGCCCUACGGAAAUGGGAUGGUGACGCUCAUCGUUACAUGUCGUCAGGCGAGUACAUACAGAUGAGUGGAAGGGCUGGGAGACGCGGGAAGGACGAGCGUGGGAUUUGCAUCAUAAUGAUCGAUGACCAGAUGGAUGUCAGCACGUGCAGGGAAAUGAUCCUGGGGAAGCCUGCUCCGCUAGUCAGCACCUUCAGACUCAGCUACUACUCGUUGCUGAAUUUGAUGAGCCGUGCAGAGGGGCACUUUGACAUGGAGUACGUGAUGAAACAUUCUUUCCAUCAGUUUCAGCACGAGAAGAAUGUCCCCGAAAUGGAGAACAGGAUCAACAAGCUGGAACAAGAAGCCGCAUUGCUGGAUGCGGCGGGAGAGGAGACUGUUGCCGAGUACCACCGUCUAAGACUAAAGCUUGCAGAACUUGAAAGACAGCUCAUGUCAGAAAUUAUCCGGCCUGAUCGGAUUAUUGUAUUUCUACAACCCGGUCGAUUGGUGAAAGUUCGUGACGGAGCAGACGAUUGGGGAUGGGGUGUUGUCAUCAAUGUCGUCAAGAAACCCACGCCUGGUGGACCGCUCCCCUCAACCAUUGUGGCAGCGCCCCGUGCUGCCUCGUACCUGGUAGACACCCUUUUACUUUGUGCUCCGGGUAUGGAACUGGACGGUUCGCGUUUGAAACCGAGGCCCUGCUCACCGGGGCAGAAAGGAGAGAUGCAUGUGGUCCCCGUGCAAAUGACCCUGCUCUGUGCAAUCAGUACACUCAGGGUGGCUGUUCCCACUGAUUUGCGGCCAGCGGAUGCCCGAUUGAGUGUACUGAUGGCAAUGCAGGAGCUUGAACGACGAUUCCCGGACGGCUUGCCACGGUUGGAUCCUGUGGAGGACAUGCAAAUAGAUGAUCCGGAGCUUGUGAGUAUCGUGAAGCAAAUUGAUGAGGAGGAGAAAAAACUGGUUGUCCACCCUUUACACAAGUCGGAGAAAGAGGCAAGCCAUUAUUCAGCUUUCCAGAAGAAGGCCGAGCUGUUGACGGAAGCACAGCGGCUGAGGUCUAGACUGCGAGAUUCUCAGCUGCACAAGUUUCGGGAAGAGCUUCGGAACCGGACGAGAGUAUUGAAGCGGCUGGGACACAUAAACGAGCUCUCAGUCGUACAGCUUAAAGGUCGCGCAGCUUGCCUGAUUGACACCGCGGAUGAGCUGCUUGUAGCGGAGCUGAUCUUUGAGGGGCUCUUCAACGAUCUUGAUCACCAUCAGAUUGUGGCGCUCUCGAGCUGCUUUCUACCAAUUGAAAAAUCCAAUGAGCAAAUUCAUCUCAAGGCGGAGCUGGCCUGGCCUUUCCGGCGCCUCCAAGACACGGCUCGAAUGAUUGCCGAGGUGGAGCGGGAGUGCAAACUGGAAACAGAAGUGGAGCACUACGUUGAAAAGUUUCAACCAUAUCUGAUGGACGUGAUUUACAGCUGGUCCAAGGGAUCAAGCUUUGCGGAGAUCUGCGAGAUGACGGACAUAUUUGAAGGUAGCAUUAUCCGGGUGGCAAGGAGGCUGGAAGAGUUUUUGAACCAGCUGCGGUUAGUUUUCCAGGCCAUUGGCAACGGUGAGCUGGAGAAGAAGUUUGAGGCAGGGAUCGAGAGCAUACGGCGGGGCAUCAUGUUCGCCAACUCCUUGUACCUAUGAAGCGCCGCCCAAAAAUAUUAUUAUUCUAGGUCGGGUGAAUGGAGGCCCCGCCCAAGCA